CUGUGACUCCUUUUUCCUGAAGACAACAGAAGAUGGCUGAGUCGGCUAUUUUUCAAAGCUUUUUGAGCUGCCCCGUUUGUGCUGGAACGCUGAAAGAUCCCGUGUCUCUGAGCUGUAGCCACAACUUCUGCGCCAGCUGUCUGCACAGAUUCUGGCAAGAAUCUGGGAGCAAAAACUGCCCCGUUUGUAGAAGAAGAUCCUCAAAAGAAAGCCUCUCUGUGAACUACACUCUGAAGGGACUCGCGGACUCUUUUGCCGGAAGACAAGCGCCUGAACCAUCCCCAUGGCUCCAACCAGAGCAGAAGCUAAUAGUGGUGUGUAGCAUUCAUCCAGACGAUCCAAAAUACUUCUGUAAAGAUGAGCAGAGAGCUGUGUGUCACAUGUGUGAGUUCACUCUCCACCAAAACCACAAAGUGGUUCUGAUAGACCAGGCGAUCAACGAGCUGAAGGUGCUGCUCAGGUCUGAUUUAAAGUCUCUGCAGGACAAGAGAAACUUGAACAUGCAGGCAGAGAAAGCCUACAGCGACAUGGCAGAACACCUAAAAAUCCAGGUGUUGACGACUGAGAGUCAGAUCAGGGCAGAAUUCAGCAAGCUCCACCAGUUCCUGAAAGAGGAAGAGGAGUCCAGACUGGCAGCUCUGAGGAAGGAAGAGGAGCAGAAGGGAUUGACUAUCAACAGAUUUCUCAGCAGGAUUCAGGAGCAGAUCUCCUUGCUGACAGACAGUAUCUACGCGAUUGAAGAAGAUCUUCGCAAAACUGUCUUGCCGUUCCUCAGCACCUAUAAAGCCACUCAGAGCAAAGCCAGAAGUCAGAGGUCACUGCCAGAUCCACAGGUGAUUCCCGGAGUGCUGGUAGAUGUGGCCAAACACCUGGGCAACCUGUCCUUCAGAGUCUGGGAGAAGAUGAAGGGGAAGGCCCUCUUCAGUCCUGUCAUCCUGGAUCCAAACACCGCUCACCCCAGUCUCUAUCUGUCGGAUGAUCUGACCGGUGUUAAAUGUGGAGAAACAUGGCAGCAGCUUCCUGACAACCCAGAGAGAAACAUCAAGUACGCCAACGUUUUCGGUUCUGAGGGCUACAGCUCAGGGAAGCACAGCUGGGAGGUGAUGGUGGGAGAUCAUCCUGACUGGAUUAUUGGUUUGGUUAAAGAGUCCUUCGACCGAAAGAGAGAGACAUUUGCUUCUGCUAAGUUUGGAGUUUUAGUUCUGGUGCAUCGCGGUGGAAAAUACUCCAACGGUGCGGGCAAGGCGGUGACAGUCAGGAGGAAUCUGCAGAGGAUCAGAAUCCAUCUGGACUACGAAGGAGGAGAGGUGUCCUUCUACAACUGUGAGGACCGGAGUCUCGUCUGUAGUCACAGAGACACCUUCACUGAGAAACUCUUCCCAUACUUCUGCAUCGGAAAGGCCGGCGAGGUUAAAACAUCUCAUGUUAAAGUCUGUAAAACGUCUCCCUGAGUAAUAAAACCAGAGUCUGACAAAUAUACUCCAUCGGUAAACAGAAAAUAUCUGUGGAUACUACAUGCAAAUGUACAAUACUACAAAAAAAUGUAAAAAAUUAAGUACAAACAUAAAAAUAUCAAAAUGUUAAAAAUAAAAUAGGGAAAUGCUGGUAGACUUUUUAAAAUGCUUUUCCAAUUAUCUAAAAUUUCUAAGCUUUUACUAGUGACUAUUAUCUAAAAAAUAACUUUCACUUCUUAAUAUGAAACAUUUAUUUUGUUUUGUUUAUGUAUUAGUUUGUUGUGGUGGGUUCUUCAUUUUAAUGUCAUAAUGAGAUUUUCAAAGUGUUUGUGAUGAAAUUCUUUGCAUUGCUUUGUUUAAUACUUGUAUAGAUUAUUUUUGCUGAAGACGAUUCAGGGAUUCAGAUGUUUUAUUUUAAUGUCAGACCUCCAAGCUUGAUACUUUGGUGUUGUUAAAUGGGACUGCUUUAUUGGGAUCUGUAUGUAUCUUCUCUUUUAUUUUAUCUUAUUAAAAGUUUAGAGUCUCCUUAUCUGUGUAGGAUAAUGUUCUUAAAAUUUGUUCACUGAUAUUAUUGCUCCUAAACUAAGGAAGUAAAUCAAAUUUUAAUGUUUCUUGUGGA